AUGAGCAGAUUUUCAUUUAAAGAGUAUAAUAGUGAACAAUUGUGGGAAGACUACAUAGCUCGUUUUGAGUUGACCUGCAGAGUUAAGGGACUGGGCGUUGCUAACACAGAAGAACAAGCGGCUCGGCGAGAUCUUCUAUUGGCAAAUGUCGGAGAGGAGCACCUCAGGGCACUAUCGGACCAGAUGUAUCCAAGGGCCUGGGAGGAGUGCACCUACGACGAAGUCAAGGAGGAAGCCAACCGGUUGUUCAAGCCUACAAGGACCCUUUUUGCGACAAGGUUUGAGUUUGAAAGAGCAAUAAGAAAAGUUGGUGAGACAUUUAUUUUGUUUUAUAACAGAUUGAAGUCUUUAGCUAGAAGUUGUAAAUAUGGAGAUAGCUUAGAUGAACGAGUACGAGAUAGGUUUGCAGUAGGAAGCAACUGUCCAGAAUUUGAAGUCGAAGUCAGACAAAGAUGGCCCGAGGGAGUUAAUAACCGAGGUGAGCUUGUUAAGUCAACAGUAGUACUAGAGUUAGCUCAAUCUAUGGAACGCGCGAGAGAAGAAGUUUCUAAACAUUCGUGUAAAAAUGAGAUUUUUAAAGUAAGUGACAGUAAGGAAAAAAGGAAACCAGAGGUACAGAAAUCUACUGGUUUCAAUAGGUGCUAUAGAUGUGGGUUUACACAUGACCCAAGUGAAGAUAGGUGUCCUGCUGUUUCUGCUGUGUGCAAGAAAUGUACAAAGAGAGGCCACUUCGCAAGAAUGUGUAAAAGUAAAAAUAACUUUUUCAAGAGAACAGAUGGUAAUUUGAGAAAAGUAGAUGGUUCAUGUGAUCAAACUUACGAUGAUGAGUGUAAUUCUGAUAUUGAUGUUAGCGGAACACAAAUUAGGUCAGUCAAGAGUAAGGUUCCGAGAGCUACAAUAGAUGUAGAAUUGAACGGGUAUAAUGUUAGAAUGGAGUUUGAUUCCGGGGCUCGGGUAAGUGCUAUAAGUUUGUCUCUUUGGGAUAAGAUCAAUUCGAGUGGCGAAUCUCUAAAAAAGACGUCUGAUGUCAUCACUGGCUAUGGGAAAAAUAAGCUAGAAGUCAUGGGCAAGGCUUUUGUGGACGUUACUUUACGUAAUCGUACUAAGCGAUUGCCAGUUAUUGUAUUACUAGAAGAUGAUGUUCCAUUAUUUGGGUUGCCGUGGAGUGUAGCUUUCAAUCUUAAUUUGCCUAGGGAAGUAAGGGUUAGGCGUAUUGAUAAUGGAAAGACAAAUAGUAAAGAGACCGGCAAGAAUGAAGAAAGUUAUAGAAAAGAGUUACAAAAAGAAGUUGAGGCAUUAACUCAGGAGUUUUCUGAACUCUUUCGUGAUGAGCUAGGAACGAUAUCUGACUCUAAUGAAGUUAUCCAUCUAAAAAGUGAAACAAAACCUGUAUCUUACGGGGCAAGACGAGUUCCAUUCCCCUUAAGGAAGGCAGUGGAAAGAGAAUUACAGCGAUUAGUACAGGAAGGAGUUUUGGAAGCAGUGGACCCUUCCGAAACACCGAUAGAAUGGAGUACCCCAACAGUCAACGUAGACAAGGGUGGAGGUAGAGUCAGAAUCUGUGGCGAUUUCCGUACAACCUUGAAUCCAAACAUCGUUCCGGAGAGACACCUCUUGCCAACCUUUGAUGACUUGACUUCUAAAUUAACUGAUGGAAAGAUAUUUUCAGUCAUAGAUCUUCGAGACGCGUACUUGCAAAUGAAAGUACAUCCUGAGUCACAAAAGUAUCUUACGAUAGCAACUCAUACCACAGGACAACCACCAUCAGUCCUUUUCUAUGGUAGAAGAUUACCAACAGCUUUGGACAGGUGGAGGUAUAAUAGCAGAGAGAGAAUAGAAAAUAAAGUGUGGCGACAGAAGUACUAUCACGACUUAAAAUCCAAACAAAAGGAGUUUUCUGCCAAACAAGAAGUGUGGGUUCAAAAUGAAACGAAGAAGGGCUGA